AUGCGGUGUUUGUUAUAUUUCUUCUUUGAGAAACCAAUUUACAAAGAAAAAAAAAACAAACUGCAGAAAAGUGGGGAAAAGGUAAUGAUGGGUUUGGCGAAUUUAAGCUCAUGCAAAGAGCGUUAUGAAGAAAUACAAGAAAAGAGUAACCAGAAAUGUUCAGAGUCGGAUCAGAUUUUGGACAUAAAGUCUGAUAGCUUCACAGUUGAUAUGGAACCUCUCUCUCAUCAUAGCAACAAAGAUCUCACCCAUAGUUCAAGAAUUAAUAUGGAUAGGAGUCUAUCAAGAAAAGGGUCGCAAGUAAGGGCUGAGAAGAAGUUGAAUUCGAAUUCUCUAAUGAAUGAUAGCAAUGGAGAUACUAUCCCCACACCUAAAGCUUCAUUGAUGGCGGGUACCAUGCCAGAAAAGUUGAUGUUACUGAAACCGAACACUGAUCAUAUCCUCGACCCACAACUACACCAUCAAAUCACCAUCAUGACCAGUGGCAACACCACCACAACCAAACCUGCCGGAACACCACUCAAAAGCAGUCUUUUUGGGAAGAAAUCAAGCAGUUUUAAGCUAUCCUCCAUUAUCAAUCCACGAAGAAUCCUCUUCUUCUUUGCCACCUUGUCAAGCAUGGGAACCAUCCUACUGAUAUGGCUCACGCUCUCCAUGGCUAAAAAAGAAGAAGACAAGGAUGAAGAGCACUACGACAAAGAUUUGGAAUCUUCUUAUUAA